AUGAACGGUUGGACAUGUUUACAUUGGGCUGUGAAAAGAAGUCAUGUCAAUGUAGUUAAAUUUUUGUUGGAUCAUGGUGCUGAUAAAAAUAGCGAAGCGUUCGAUAAUACAAAACCAAUACAAUAUUGUACAAAUGAAUUUAUUCAAAAACUGUUAAUAGACGAUCUUAGUUCAUCUAACACUUACAAGCCAGCCGUUAGCAAUCUUUCGAUUGUACCGAAUUAUUUACGACAUCCUCAAUUUCCAUAUUUACAAAAUCCUUUAACAAAGGAAUCAUCAUUUAAUUCCAAUAAUCAUUGUACGACGCAAGAUGCAGAGGAGAAAAGUGUUCAUCCUUCAUCUAAUGAAAUAAUUUUAUUAUGUCGGAUAGCGGAUGGUGAAGAACAGGAUUUUGUUGAAUUUGAAUUUGAUAAAACAAAGUGUUCUAAUGACAAAUUAGAUUGUUUAUAUGUCCGACUUUUAUCUACAAUAUGUGAUGAAAUGAAUAUUGAAUUAAAAAUGAUUAAAAAAAUUAGAAAAUUACCAUCAAUAUUGAUCAGAAAUGAUAAAGAUGUUGAGAGAUUAAAGUCUUAUCAAAUGUUAGAAAUUAUUUUGAAUUCUUAA